AGCUUGCAGCUUUUUUUUUGGUGUUUUUGCAGGGCGCUGAACUCUCAAUAGCUGCAAGCUUGCGCCACCUCAAUUUUCUGUGCUGUUCCUUCUUGGCACAGCCUGCUUCCUUCUCUUCAUACUCACUUUCCACAAGACAUAUUGUACGCAAUAUGAAGGAAUGGCCGGGCUCAAACCUGUUCUUCAUUAUGAGCCAAUUUUCAUUUUUUUAUUCUAUUUUCGUUGUCACUUUCUAAAUGGGUUUAUUGAGCACAUGCGACUCGAAGGAUGUUAUCAUCUUAUUUCUUUCAUCGUUACACAUUUUUUGUCAGUAUUAUUGUUCAGGUUUUAACUCUUGCGUUGUUUUACAGAGUAUGGCUGAAAUCAGAAGAAAGCUUGUCAUUGUCGGCGAUGGUGCUUGUGGCAAAACCUGUCUCCUGAUCGUUUUUUCUAAAGGAACUUUCCCCGAGUUCUACGUUCCUACCGUGUUCGAGAACUAUGUUGCAGAUGUUGAAGUCGAUGGAAAGCACGUUGAACUCGCUCUUUGGGAUACUGCAGGCCAAGAGGAUUACGAUCGUCUACGCCCAUUGUCUUACCCCGAUUCCCACGUUAUCUUGAUCUGUUUCGCUGUGGAUUCGCCAGAUUCUUUGGAUAACGUUCAAGAGAAGUGGAUAUCUGAAGUACUCCAUUUCUGCCAAGGCCUUCCCAUCUUGUUGGUUGCCUGUAAGAAGGAUUUGAGAAACGACCCACAUACUAUUGAGGAGUUGAGAAAGACCUCACAGAGACCAGUCACCCACGAAGAGGGUUUGGCUGUUGCUCACAAGAUUGGUGCAUACAAGUACCUCGAAUGCUCAGCAAAAGACGGCAACGGUGUUCGCGAAGUUUUCGAGCACGCUACCCGCGCAGCUCUGAUGGUCAACAAGCCCACUAAGGCCAAGAAGAAGUGCAAUUUGUUGUAAAUCUUUGCUUGAAGAACCGUUCUUUCAAUUCCCUUCUCUUUCAAUCUCUUCACUUUUAUUCCACAUUUUCUCUUUCUUCUUUUUUUUCUUUGACCGCAAAUUUUCGCACAAAUAUACUGUGAUCCUCUCCUUUUAAUCGUUACCAUUUUAUAAGUCUACAUUUGACUUUGUAGAGGACAGAAAGCGUGUAGCUUCCGCCAGUAGCCCCAUGCACUGUACUGUGGCGGUGGCGACUCUAAAAAAAGAUACACGAAGAAACUGUCGGGGAAAAUGCCCAAUCGUCAUCGAACCUUUGAGGAGGUAGAGUGGCUUUUGUACCAGAGAUUCCUCCACACUGGUAUCGAUAUUUUACAUUGCUGGUGGUAGAUUUUAACGGCGGGUUACUCACGCGAUUGCCUUGUGCCUGUAUACACGUCCAUCCUUAGCUUGCAACCGAGUGCAGAAAGUAUGUACUUA